AUGGCUGUGAAGACCCAGUUCAACUUGAGUAGAGAAUGGUUUGAUGUGAUGAUGGCAGUUAUCGGUAGUCUCCUCCCGGAAGGCCACCUUUUGCCUAAAAGCAUGUACGAGGCGAACAAAAUGCUUAGUGUACUUAAGUUGCCGGCUCAGUGCCUACAUUCAUGUACAAAUGGAUGCACGGUGUUUGACAGAGAAUACGCGGAUGCCAAGCAUUGUGCCAAGUGCAAUUUCUCUAGGUAUGUCAAGGUAGACCACGGGAAGGGUCUGGUGCAGUCGAAAAUAUCCCGUAAAGUUCUUAGGAUGCUUCCAUUCUCAGAAAGAAUUGGCCGGAUGAUGCUAUCCGACGUGCCUGGCAAAGCUGUGACGUAUCACAAAGUGGGGAAGAAAUACAAAUACGACAAGGAUCAUUGGCCGAUGUUGACACAUUCGUCGGAUGGCGAAGCAUGGAAGGAUUUUGAUCGGAAGUAUCCGGAGAAAGCCACGGAGCCUCGGAAUGUUCGAGUUGCCAUCACAACUAAUGGGUUCAUUCCAUUUGGCAUGACGAGUGCCCCAUCCAGCUGCUGGCCAGUGUUUGUAAUUCCGCUCAAUCUUCCUCCCGGAAUGAUAAUGCAACGGAAGUACAUGUUCUUGGCGCUGAUAAUUCCAGGACCAGAAUAUCCAAGAAAGAACAUUAAUGUGUAUAUGCGGCCCCUGAUGGAGGAGUUGAAAAGAGGUUGGGAGGAAGGGAUCAUGGUAUACGACAAAGCUACCAAGAGAAACUUUAGGAUGCAUAUCUGGUUCCAGUUAUCCAUUCAUGACCAUCCGGGGGGAUCUAUACUCUUCGGCAAAGGCUUGCAGGGGAAGUUCAUGUGCCCACACUGCGGGACUGAUCUGGAGUUCUAUCGGCUCGCUCAUGGUCGCAAGUAUUGUUGCUUCAAUCUGCACAGGCGAUUCCUCCCGCCUAACCAUCCGUUCAGACAAGACAAGAAGAACUUCAGGAAAGGUGUGUUCGUCGAAGAGGGGCCACCCCGUUAUCGCACCGGUUCUGAGCUUCUUGCUGAGCUGGAUGCUCUUGUGCCCGACCCGACACAACCUGACAAGUUCCUGGGGUAUGGUGAUACACACAACUGGACUCACAAGUCAUGCUUCUGGGAGCUCCCCUACUUCAAAGACAUUAUUCCUCCACAUUGUAUUGAUGUGAUGCACACCGAAAAGAAUGUCGCCGAAGCCCUUUUCAACACAAUUCUCAACAUUAUUGACAAGACGAAAGAUAAUCCGAAGGCUAGAAAAGAUCAAGAAGAACUUUGCGAUAGACCACAGCUAAGCAUUAAAAAGGUGCCAGGCAGGUCAGACAUCAGGCCAAAGGCCCCGUUCGCUCUCGACAGAGACCAAAAGAUGGAACACCUGUGGUUCAAAGGGUUGAAGUUUCCUGAUGGGCAUGCAGCUAAUCUAAAGAGGGGAGUUAAUCUUGGCACCAUGCGAAUCAAUGGCCUCAAGAAUCAUGACUAUCACAUAUGGCUUGAGCGUGUGCUGCUGGUGAUGGUUCGAGGCUAUGUGUCGGAGGAUAUUUGGCGGGUGUUGGCAAAGUUGAGCAAUUUCUUCCGCCGGCUUUGUGCUAAAGAACUAUCCCCCACCUUGCUAGAAGAAAUAGAAAAACAAGCUCCCGUGUUGCUAUGCAAGCUAGAGAGGAUCUUUCCGCUGGGCAUGUUCGUGACGAUGCAACAUCUAAUUAUCCACCUCCCGUACGAGGCACGGAUGUGGGGCCCUGUGCAGCAUCGUUGGAUGUAUGCCGUCGAGAGAUUUAUGAAGACCCUUCGAGCUAAAGUAAAAAACAAAGCUAAAGGUGAAGCAUGCAUAUGGGAGGCAAGCCAUCUCGAGGAAGUGUCAAAAGCAACGACGAGUUACUAUAGCUUCGAUAUUGCCACGCUGCAUAAUCCGGUCUCCCGCUACAAUCUUGGCAACCCUGAAGAUGAGUCCAAGUUGAGCCUAUUCAGAGGGCAACUUGGAACUUCUAAAGCCAAGAAAACAGCCACCCUGUCCUACCAAGAGUGGCGAUCCCUUACGCUAUAUAUCUUGAACAACCUCGACGAAGUCCAGCCGUACAUCAAGCAAGUGCCCAGUAAAUAA